AAAAAAAAAAACUGUGGUAAAGGUCGUCAGUAGUUAUUUUUACUAUGGCUGCUAACAAGAUGUUUGAAGGACAAGUUGCUAUAGUAACAGGGGGUGCUCAGGGCCUGGGUGGAGCUAUAGCUGCUAUGCUCCAGAGGAACGGGGCUAAAGUGAUGGUAUUUGAUAUGAAGCCAGUGGUGGAGGGGGCGUCGCCAGAACUGAGCAGUUGUGUAGUGGAUGUGAGAGAUGAGGAGAGUGUUGUGGCUGGAUUCAAGAAGACAGUGGAGCUGUGGGGACGUGUGGACAUCAUGGUCAACUGUGCUGGUAUUGUGGGCCCUCAUAGUGCCACUGCUGACAUAGUGGAUGUGGCCGAGUUUGAUAAAGUGUACCAAGUGAAUGUGAGAGGAAGCUUCCUCAUGACCAAGCACUCACUCGUGGAGAUGAAGAAACGUAACUAUGGCCGCAUUCUCCUCAUUGCCUCCAUUGCUGGUAAAGAGGGUAAUGCCGGGAUGUGUGCGUACAGCUCAAGCAAAGCUGCUGUGAUUGGACUAGUUAAGAGUGUUGGCAAGGAAAAUGCUGAGUCAGGUAUCACAGUCAAUGCUCUUGCUCCCGCUGUUGUCAUGACUCCCAUGGUGGAAGCUAUGGACCCGGCACAGGUCAAGUACAUGACAGAUAAGAUACCAAUGAAGAGGUGUUGCAGUCUAGAUGAAGUGGCUAGCAUCACACAGUUCAUAGUGUCUCAAGAAGCAAGCUUCAACACUGGAGUGUGUUUCGACCUCACAGGAGGAAGAGCUACUUAUUGAAACUAUAUACAACUGACUCUAGAUUAUAUAUAGCGCGUGAUUAUUCUUUUGUAUUAUUUUGACGUCAUUUUGUAACAAUAAAUGAUACGCAACAUUAA